AUGACGUCGCCUCCAGAACAGAACGCCUUUGGAGACUUGGAGUUUAUUAUGAUCAUGUCGUUGACGUCCGACCGCGAGAACUCAACCAGCCGGGGAACAAUCUCGUCGCACAUGUUGGUGGUGAUGGCGUUGAGUUUGGCCGGUCUGUUGAGCGAGAUGAUCCGGGUCCGGUUUUUGAUCGAGAAUUCGACCUCAGGUGCAGAUGUGGAGUUCAUUCGACUUGAAACAAGUUGCAAAUUAAGCGCUGCAAGACGAGGAACAGAUCGAGCCAUUGACGAACGGUGCAGGCGUUUAAAGGUGAGCAUUUUGAGAGGGGAAGCCGGCUUGCAAGUCGGGUAA